CCACCGGGGGUGGGCAGGGCCCCUUUAAGCACCUGGAGACCUCCUGGGCCGCGCUGGGGACUCUCUGGGGACCUUUGAGACCUCCUGGCCGUGCUGGGGGUGUCUGGGGAUCCCGCAGGCCGCAUCGAGGACUCUUUGCAACCCCUUGAGGACCUCUUAGGUGGUUUUGGGACCCCUUCGGGCCAUGAACGCCCAGCCGGCAGACACCACGCAGCCUGAGGAGCCCCCGCUGCCCCCUGAGCCCCUUCCCACACAUGUCAGGGGGAUCAGUGCGGAGCAGCGGAGCGCCCAGGAAGAGUGGGAGGCAGUGGAGGAUAUCCAGUCAGUGCUGCUGGGGAGAUCAGCUGGUCCUGUGCCCCUCAUAUCCUUCAAUGAAGCACUGCAGUUCUUCCAGACCACAGACCUGUCCGAGUGCAGGAAGAAGAUCCAAGCAACGGUGCACAGGCAGGGCCUGGCUGCUCUGCUUCACUUCCUCUUUGGGCCCCCCCGGCUCCAGCAGCAGCUGCAGGGCGAGCGGGACCUGGCUCUUGCCAUUGCUCAGUGUGGCUUGGAUGAUAAGCAAGCAGUGCACAUGAGAAUCCUGCAGACCAUCUACAAGAAGCUGACCUGCUCCCCGCUGGGAUGCCCGCGCUACGGCACGCACUGGGAGGAGCUUGGCUUUCAAGGUGCAGAUCCAGGGACCGACCUGCGAGGGACGGGGAUGCUGGGCUUGAUGCAAAUGCUGUACUUCGUGAUGGACUCUCAGAUGCUUCCUCUAGCUCUAGAGAUUUUCAGGCUGUCCCAACACGAGACACAGAAUUUCCCCUUCUGCAUCAUGUCUGUGAACAUCACCCGCCUCGUGCUGCAGGCGCUGAGGGAGGAGUGCCUCUCCAGGGAGUGCAACCGCAGGCGGCAAGUCAUCGCCGUGCUGAACGACCUGUACGCGGCGGCGUUCCUGCAGCUCUACCGAGUGUGGAAGUCGCAGCACAAGACCGUCGCUGACUCUGGCUUCCUCCUGAAGGAGCUGGAGUUCUCUACCAAAAAGAAACCGAAGCAGCUCCUGAAAUCCUUGGAGACCUACAUGAGCAGAAGCCCGGUGUCCACAGCAGAUGGCGUCCAGCAACCGUCCCCUCUGUCCAUCAGCAGCAGCCGGGCUGGUGAAGAGAUAAACUUCACGGGCAUCUGUGACCUGCAGGUUGAGCUGGAGGGAGAGGCACGGCUGAUCUGAAGUGAGGGGCUCAGUUCUGUGUGGGUUUGCAGCUCAGGGAGGGGAGCUGGGGAGCCAGGCAGUCAGCAGGGCGCUGCAGAGCGAGUGUUCGGCAGCAGGGUGGCUGUGUCCAUCCCUGUGUGCUGCCUGCAGUUUGUUGGCGUCGCUUGGAGCUGUAGGUGCAAACUGCAGCCUUUGACCCUUUCCAAGUAGAGGUGGUCAGGCUGGUGGUCACACGGUGUUCAAGGCAGAGUUUUCCAGCCUAAAUGGGUCUGUGAUUUGAAAUCUGGCAAUGUAGGAGAAAAUAAAACAGCUGGGUUUUGUUAGCCACCGGCCUUACGCUGGGCUCCACGCCUGCCUUGCUGGCUCAGAUGCGUGGCGUUGCCCAUCCUUACCCAACACAGGUGGGAAACUUCAGGUUUCGACCUGCUGCAGGGCUCACUGCACGUGGAGGGGUGCGAAAGCCGGGGCUUUGCGUUGGAGCUCCUGGUUGCCCGUGGUGCUGAUGGCACCCAUGGCUGAGUCUGGGGUGGGCAGCAGCUUCUUGUUUGGGGAGCCCUCCUCAGCACCUCCAGGGAGUGGCUGUGCAUGGAUGUACCAAAAUAAGCUGUUAAAAGGAAAAUAAAACCAAACCAAACCAAACA